UAUAUGGACGGGAAUCCCAUUUUUCUUUUAUAUGGAUGUGCAUACUGAAGGGGCCCAUCAGUGUAGCCCAGCACAUUUUCAAUUCGGUCAAAAUUUGCAAACUAAACAAAAUUGACCCAAAAGUCAAAAUUGCAAUUACGUUCCCUUUUGCGUGUACUUUUUUGCUUAUCACGAGAACGACGAAGCCUUCGCCUUCAGCCGACGAUGCCUCCGCCUCUGGCCAACGACGCCUCCGCCUCCGGUCUUCAGUCGACGACACAGACGAAGUCUCCUACUCCGGCCAACAGCCGCUUCUGCCUCCUCCUUCUUUCACGUUGUUUACAGGACACCUGUGAUCUAAGCUUCGAGGGUCUGAGCAGCAUUGCAACCAGGUUGAACAUCAUCAAUUCCAAUUGAGAAUCCAUGAUCUCCUAUCCACCGAGCACUGCAUCAAAAUAAUCUCAUCAUACACUUUCACCAAACAUCUAUUCAGAGCUCACCACUUCUCCAAUAGCAGCAGCCUCACUUGGGCAGGUGUAUAAGGGUAGAUUAAAAGAAAAUGGGGAUUUGGUUGAUGUUAAGGUACAAAGGCCUUAUGUACUUGAAACGGACCAAAAGAUUCAGAGACCAUUCCAAUCUCCUUCAAUUUCACUUCAAUUGCCUUUAGUUGUGGGGUCUGAGGUUAUACAUUGGAAAUUUACCAUUACAUAUGGAUGAGGUACUAGUGCAAACAACCAAGAGCAGGAGGAUCCGUAUGGUAGAAAGAAAAACCAGAAAAAGAAGUGCUGAUAAACCCAAAACAAAACAUCUUGAAGCAAGGCAUACAAUGGACCGUAAAGAAAAGAAAAAGAGAAGUGUGACAUUGAUCAGAGAUCAUUCCAAAGAAUAUCUAUCAAAUUUAACAGUUGAGUUUGAUCAAUUCGGUAGAGCUAUUGGACCUAACCGCUUUAAGUUCACCGGUUAUCGUGGAGUGACUACGAGGAAGAUGAUUUCUAUCCUUAUAGAUAGUUGGGAUUUAGUGCAUCAAUGUGACAAGGAUCAAUUGUGGUUGAACAUAAAGAAUUAUUGGCAUAUACGAGAUGAUAAUCAUAAAGCACAAGUACUUAGAGAUUGCAACACGCAAUGGAAGGCCUACAAGUCGGCGCUUCUUAAGUUGUGGGGAAAAGGUGUCAAUCCAGUACAAGAAUACCCGUACCUUGACAAAGCAAUGUGGAAAAAGUUUAUUGUUCUAAAAUCCACGGAAGAAUUUGAGGAAUUAAGAAGAAAAGGAAGGGAGGCAGCAAAUAAAAACAAGAACCAUCCUCGGUUGGGCCCAAGCGGGUAUCGUGGUAAUGAAAGCAAAUGGGAUGAAGAGGCAACAUCUGGUGUAACAAUAAAAGGCCACAAUAUAUCAAGCAAGCGGACAAGGAAUUUUCUCUAUGCCAGGAGAAAACGCAAUGCAUCGGGGCAGUUGGUUAUAACGCCAGAGACCGAACCUCUAGCAGAUAAGAUUAUCCAAAAAGAUAUUCUGUUAUCUCAAGGAGUGUUGGAGCUUGGACCUCGGUCUGAUCUACUGGCGGAGGUACUAGGACGGGAACAUUCCGGUCGCACGAGGGUAAUUGGUCAUAAUAUCGGAUUAAAGCAAUCAAUGAUUUAUAAAAGAAAAAAGAAAGAACAUGAGUUACCCGAUGUUGAACAAAUGCAAGAAAAGAUAGAGACGGGGAUGUUGAAUAGCAACUUUUAUGACAAGAUCAAAGAUAGGUUGAUGACUGAGAUGUCGGAACAAUUAGAACCGAUAGUGGUUGCUGCUUUAAAGCAAGAUAAGACAACUGAUAUGGCGGAAGACACAAAUUUUUCUCGGGUGAAGACGACAAGUGUUGGAUUGAAGACAUCCACGACAUUGUUGGAUGAUUUACAUAAGAUAACGAUAUCUAUUUUUUCUGACAUAUAUAUUUGUUUACAUGUUUGAUAAUAUAACUUUACAUUAAACAAAAUGUAUAUUUGUUUGUAGGAAGCCACCGACUAAGAGUUGAUGCUACCAUAUGGCACAGUACGCCCAUCAUUAGCCAAAGGAACCGUCUUCCCUUUCGGAGAUGGUGUAAUUCAUUCGGUUCCUCUAGAAGCAGGGCACUUGAGGGUAUCAGUCGAUAUUAUCUAUGGAGAUCAUCAUUCUUUCCUUCUUCCAAUCUCGCCAAUUGAAGGUGUAUAUAAUCUAGGGCAGGCACUUCAUAGUUUUAUUCAAUGGCCCCGAGAUUCAAUUACUCUUAUUAAGAAAGAUAAAAGGCCUUUCAUUGAACCAUUACCAAUGUCGACCCAAGCUGCUCCUAUUCUUCAUGACCAGGAAAAAGAGAAAGAAAACGUGAAUGUUGAAGAAGCUAAAGAGCAUAAGAAGAAAGCAAAGAAAAAGCAAGAGUAUGAG